UGGCAGAGCUGGCACUACCCGUCAUAAAUAGGUUACAAUGAACAUAGACUGCAUAGUUUAUCGAAAAAUAAUCGUUCUAAACCAGAACAAGUAGACAGAUUCUCCUCCACAAACCGAGACGUGUUAGCGGAUGGCGUAAUGGUUAUUCCUUAGUCUUAGAGUGCUAAUUGGAAUAACUAUCGCCCAGUGCAGAAUUCGAAGACGCACCAGAAUAGGCCUUGGCUAGGAUUGUAAAGCGGCCGCCGAGAUUGCCAGGUCAUUGAGGCGGAUAACACGGUAACCAGUGAAUGAACUAAACGUUAAAAAACAAUUUCAUACCUAACUAUCUCCACUAAACGAAACGUCUUUAAGGAAAUACCUCGAAGUGUUUGAGACGUGUAUCUUGACAUUAAAUAAAAUAAACACCUUAUUAAUAUAGUCAGUUAGUUUUCAAGCAUAGACAUAAUUUAUCUAAUCGAAGGAAGCAUCAUAGACAGGUGCGAGUUACCCAAAAACGAGCUUUGCAUCUUUAUUACUGAGAACGCUCGUGUUGAUACUAUGUUUGUGGUCAAUAAUUUCAUCGAUGGAAAAUUUGAGCCUACUCAGGAGUAUUUGGACAACGUUGAUCCGGCUACUGGUCAAGUAUAUUCGAAGGUUGCAAGCUCUACCUGUAAAGACGUUUGGACGGCGGUUGCGGUGGCACAGCGCGCACAGCCUUUAUGGCAACGUAAAACGGUAUCAGAACGAGCCGCUGUGCUAAGGCGAGUUGCCGAUCUUCUCGAAGAACGUCUCGAAGAGUUUGCUGUGGCAGAAUCACGGGAUCAGGGAAAGCCCGUGUGGCUUGCUCAGGAUGUCGAUAUUCCUAGAGCUAUUCACAACUUUAGACAUUUUGCCGACAAUGCUGUUAAUGAUCGUGAAUUGGCCGUUCCCCAGCCUCGUUCGCAACUUCUUCACUACGUAUGUCGUUCCCCAGUUGGUGUGGUGGGCAUCAUCACCCCAUGGAAUUUGCCUCUGUACCUAUUAUCCUUUAAGCUUGCGCCAGCUCUCGUGUACGGUAAUGCUGUGGUUGCCAAACCUUCGGAGCUAACCUCUGUCACGACUUUUAUGCUCGCCAAACUGUUUCUCGAGGCAGGUCUUCCAAAUGGGGUCUGCAAUUUCGUAUUCGGCUUAGGCGACCCUGUUGGAGAAGCUCUCUGCAGUCAUCCAAAAAUACGUGCCAUUUCUUUCACGGGGAGCACUCGGACAGGUACUCGCAUCUCAGAAAUAGCCGCUCCCUUGGCAAAGAAGUGCUCGCUAGAGAUGGGUGGUAAAAAUGCAGCGAUCGUGUUUCCUGACUGUGACCGGGCCAAAUGCUUGCGAACCCUUCUGCGCGCGUGCUUUUUAAACCAGGGCGAGAUUUGUUUGUGUACGAGCCGGGUGUUCGUGCACGAGAGUAUCUACAAAGAGUUCUUAGCUGACUUCGUUGAGGAGACCAAAGCUUUAAAGGUCGGACCUCCAACUGAACGGGAUUCAUUUUUGGGAGCUUUGAUCUCAAAGGAACACUUCGAAAAGGUACGUGGUUACAUUAAGUUAGCGCAUGAGGAAGGUGGCACAGUUCUAACCGGGGGCUUACAUCCGGUUCCGGGAUUGGACGAUCAACAUAGCCUGGGUUACUAUGUGCUACCGACAGUUAUCGAAGGUCUUUCUGCUUCGUCGCGCUGUAUGCAAGAAGAGAUCUUCGGUCCGGUAGUCUGCUUCUGCUCAUUUAGUGACGAGGAAGAAGUGCUGGACCUCGUAAAUGGAGUGCAAUACGGACUCUGCGCAAGCGUUUGGACAAUAGAUGUGCGCAGACUUCACCGCAUUGUUAAUUACAUUGACGUGGGCACUAUCUGGGCUAACUGUUGGCUCGUUCGUCAUUUGCAUUUGCCAUUUGGUGGGACCAAAAUGUCGGGAUUGGGCCGCGAAGGAACGGAGCCCUCGCGUGAGUUCUAUACCGAAUGCAAAACUGUUUGCGUUGAUUUCAGCUUGUAGAUAUCAGUGACUAAAUGGACUCAGUGGUUAUUCCAGGUGAUGAUGGAGACGAUGAUAAUAAAGAAA